UUCCCUCUCUGUAAGAGGCUCCCAUCAUUGCGAGGUUGCUUCUUUCAUAUUUUUGUCUUUGAUUUUUCUUUCCUUCUUUCUUCUUCAAUCUUCGGAUCAUAUUCAUAGGGGUGGAUCUAGUGCCAUUUUGAUUUGCUUGUAAUGGCCACAUAUACCCCAAAGAAUAUCCUCAUCACUGGGGCAGCUGGAUUCAUUGCAUCUCAUGUUGCGAACCGGCUCAUCCGGAACUACCCUGACUACAAAAUUGUUGUUCUCGACAAACUUGAUUACUGUUCUAAUUCUAAGAACCUCAUUCCUUCAAAAGCAUCUCCCAACUUCAAGUUUGUGAAGGGGGACAUUGCAAGCGCCGACCUUGUCAACUACCUUCUUAUCACAGAGUCCAUAGACACAAUAAUGCACUUUGCUGCUCAGACCCAUGUUGACAACUCGUUUGGUAAUAGCUUUGAGUUCACCAAGAACAACAUAUAUGGUACUCAUGUUCUGUUAGAAGCCUGCAGGGUCACUGGUCAGAUCAGAAGGUUCAUUCAUGUGAGCACAGAUGAAGUCUAUGGGGAGACAGAUGAGGAUGCUAUUGUUGGGAACCAUGAGGCUUCUCAACUUCUUCCCACAAAUCCAUACUCUGCCACGAAAGCUGGUGCAGAAAUGCUGGUCAUGGCAUAUGGUAGGUCAUAUGGGUUGCCUGUCAUCACAACUCGUGGAAAUAAUGUCUAUGGGCCCAAUCAGUUUCCUGAGAAGCUCAUUCCAAAGUUCAUCCUCUUAGCUAUGCAAGGAAAGCCUCUUCCAAUUCAUGGGGACGGUUCGAAUGUGAGGAGUUAUUUAUAUUGUGAAGAUGUUGCAGAGGCCUUUGAGGUUAUACUUCACAAAGGAGAGGUUGGUCAUGUCUACAAUAUUGGGACGACGAGAGAAAGGAGAGUUAUUGAUGUAGCCAAAGAUAUAUGCAGACUUUUCUCAAUGGACCCAGAUUCUAGUAUAAAAUUUGUGGAGAACAGACCAUUUAAUGAUCAGAGGUACUUUCUUGAUGAUCAAAAGUUGAAGAACUUGGGUUGGUCUGAGAGGACCCCUUGGGAAGAAGGGCUGAAGAAAACCAUAGAGUGGUAUACCAAGAAUCCUGAUUGGUGGGGUGAUGUCAGCGGGGCAUUGCUUCCUCAUCCAAGGAUGCUGAUGAUGCCGGGAGGGCUGGAGAGACAUUUUGAAGGCUCUGAAGAAGAUAAGCCGGCAUCCUAUGCCUCCACUAAUACUCGAAUGGUGGUUCCAUCAUCUAAGAGCACUAGCACUCAGCAGAGAAAUGCUUAUAAGUUCUUGAUCUAUGGUAGAACAGGAUGGAUUGGGGGUCUGUUGGGGAAGCUCUGUGAAAAACAAGAUAUCCCAUUUGAAUAUGGAAAAGGGCGCUUAGAGGAUCGCUCAUCACUCUUGGCAGAUAUCCACAAUGUGAAGCCUACACAUGUUUUCAAUGCUGCUGGAGUGACUGGCAGACCCAAUGUUGACUGGUGUGAAUCUCAUAAAGAAGAAACCAUUCGCACCAAUGUUGCUGGUACUUUAACACUGGCCGAUGUCUGCAGAGAACAGGGGCUCUUGAUGGUAAACUAUGCCACUGGGUGUAUAUUUGAAUAUGAUGCAGCACAUCCAGAGGGUUCUGGCAUUGGUUUUAAGGAGGAAGACAAACCCAACUUCACUGGUUCUUUCUAUUCCAAAACUAAAGCUAUGGUCGAAGAGCUUUUGAAAGAAUAUGACAAUGUGUGCACUCUCAGGGUUCGCAUGCCAAUUUCAUCUGAUCUGAGUAAUCCACGCAACUUCAUUACAAAGAUCACUCGUUACAACAAAGUGGUUAACAUUCCAAACAGCAUGACUAUCUUGGAUGAACUUUUGCCCAUUUCAAUUGAAAUGGCAAAGCGAAACUUGCGUGGCAUCUGGAACUUCACAAAUCCUGGGGCUGUGAGUCACAAUGGGAUCCUUGAGAUGUACAGGGAUUACAUUGAUCCCGACUUCAAGUGGGUUAACUUCACACUUGAAGAGCAAGCCAAGGUGAUAAUUGCUCCAAGAAGCAACAAUGAGAUGGAUGCAUCCAAGUUGAAGAAAGAGUUCCCAGAGUUGCUUUCCAUCAAGGAAUCACUGCUCAAAUACGUCUUUGAACCAAACAGGAAAACCCAUAAAAAAUAGGCAGCCUCUUGUUUUGAGGCAUAAAAAUAAUCUCUGCAUCUUGUGUUGGGCGACAUUGUGUUUAUUUAAUUAGAUUACUUAUUUUUAGUUAUUAGUUCCAUCCAAUUAUUCUGUGUAGGUUGGGGAGGGGGUUGCUAAGCAUUAUAGUUCUGUUAGAUUUGGUUCUUCAAGUUUUAUUCCUAUAACUUUUUUGUAGUCUUAGCGUCAUGUACUUCUCGGAGUCUUGCUUGUAUGUUUUUAUACGAUAUUUGAUCUGGUAACAAGCAAUUGAUGUAUUCUUUUUUUCCACUCA